GGAGUAUUUAAAUAUGGCUUUCACCGUAUAUUUCCUGAGUCAUUGUUUCAUACAUAGUUUAUUCUUAUAGAAAAACUACUUCGAUUAUGUUUUUUUGAUGUGUUUAAAUAAAUUACAAUAGUUAUUUUUCUUUAGCGACGUUGCCUGCCGUUGUUAGCUAGCUGCUAACGGCUGCGUCACGUCACGGUCUCGUCCCGCUCUUGUAGUCCCAGGCCGAAACAAGGAUGUGUGCAGCUCAAGAUGAAACUUAAGGUGUGGGAACUACAGCAGAUCUUCAUGCUUAAAACAACUUUACAGUCUUUUGAGGACAUGAAUGAGGACACACACGCUCAGUGAGAGGUGAAUAUGGUUCUGCUCCUUUCCCUGCUGAUCUCCUUUGUGCCACUAGGAGGUGGCACCUCACCAAUCAGCUGCUACAAUGACCAAGGAGAGGCUGUUGAUUGGUUCUAUAUGUACAAGCUGCCUAAAAAACAUGGCAGUAAGUCUCCGGAGAAGGGUGAAAUGUAUUUACUUCUGGACAAAGGGAGCGAGGGAUGGACCGAAGGGAAGGCAACAGUGAACGACACCUCAGGAGCCUUGGGCAGGACGGUCGGACAACUGUACUCACAAGGAAAGAGCAGAGAGGUAGCAUACAUCCUGUACAAUGACCAGAGGCCACCUGAGGACUUUGGUGACAGAUGGGUUGUCAACACUGGACGCAGCGGAGGGGGGCACACGAAAGGUGUUGUGCUGCUGGACAAAAAUCAGGGCUUCUGGUUGGUCCACAGCACCCCUCACUUCCCCCCUGUGCGUCAGGCAGGAGAGUAUUAUUACCCCAGCACCGGUCUGACCAACGGACAAAACUUCAUCUGCGUCUCCUACCCGCUCGACCGCUUCCAGACCAUCGGAGAGCAGCUGCAGAUCAAUCAGCCUAAUGUGUACGACUGCGAUGUCCCCGAGUCCUUGGCGUCCCUGGUGCCUGCGCUGGCUGCCGUCUGUGAGAAGAAACAUCUGUCUGGUCACAUCUUUCCACAUGCCAAAGCCGUGUCCAAUCGCAGCGUGACUUUGACCUCAAAGGAUGGAACCAACUUCAUCAGCUUUGCCAAAGGAUCUUCUUUUGACAAUGACCUCUAUCACUCCUGGGUGGCCCCGGCCCUCGGGUCAGACCUCUUGGUCCAGUUCUGGGUUCGCUCCACAGGCGUCCUCCCUUCCGACUGCUCGCUGGGCUGGAACGUCCUGGACAUCAGCCUCAUCAACCCGGGGCAGACGUUCACUUUCAAAACCAGCCAGGAUCACUCCAAGUGGGCCGUCAGCCCCAAGGCGGCGGGGGACGGCGUCAAGGGAGGAGGCUGGGUGUGUGUGGGAGACAUAAACCGGAACGAGGCGGAGGAGAAGCGAGGCGGAGGCACGGUGUGUCUGCAGGACCCGGUGGUGUGGAAGGCUUACCGGACGGCGGCGUUACAGUGUGAGGCGUGUGGAGGAGGAACCAGCUGUUGAUGCAGCUGCUGGAGACAGAUGGGUCAACCGGGGCGUGAGUAAGGCCAUUACGCUGCAUCCCGCGUGUUUCUAAGAGGAAUAUUUCAACAUUUUGUUGAUUGUAUAUAUUUCCUUCUAUGUUUAGUGAGAUGACCCAUGUCUACCAUUUUGAAAUUAAUAUGAUGAUUUCUACAAUUAUGUGCUUUUGUGAUAGUUUGAGGUGACGCAGUCAUUCCCUUAAAUGUAUGGUGACCCGGAGUCAUGACGUCAUGUCCGGGUCGGCCUCUGUUCCGCUUGCUUCUGAAACUCAGUGCCGUCGCUCAACAUUUCUUUCAUCGGUCUUUCAUGAAAAAUGAAGCUUUAUAAUUUAAAAUUUACUUUCCAAGACAAAUCAGCUCCACUACAGCAGCUGCCAUGAGAAAAUGAAAUCUUAAGUUAAACAAAGAUUUCUUUGUGAGCACAAAAAGGUUAAAUAAUGAAAGUGUAGCAGUAAUGGUACUUUGCAUCAACAUCAAUUGGUUUCUAAUUGUAAUCCCUGCUGUCUAAAAACCUCUCUGUGCUGCUGUUAUUACAGACAUGUCUGCACUAACCACCACCCCUCAAACUGUUCAUGGACGCCCCUUUUCUGUCCAGCCGGGAAAUUUAGUCCAAUUUAGGCUUAUGGGAAAUGGUGUUCAUUAAAGGCAGCUAAAUACAUAAAUAUGAAUAAUCAUUGAUAUAAAAACUACCGUCCUUAUCUAAACACACAUAAAGCGAGCCACAUGACAGACUGUGGAGACAGGCUCUGCUCCAAGGCUUUUAGUAAUCGCUGUAGUGACGGAGCAGAGACUGGAAGUUACUGUUUGACUUCAGCUCUCGAUCACACUGGAUAACACUCGAUAAGAUGUCUUUAUACUAUUAAAUAUUCAUGACUGAAAGUAAAACAAAACAUUCUUAGGUAUCUUUAUCUUUAUCUGUCAGGAGUUAAAAACUUCUGUGGUUGUGUGGUUUGAGUAUCCUCGACUGCCAGUGACCAAACAACUGACGUCAGAUUCUGAAUUAAGGUUUAUAAAUCCGGUGCGCAGACGUGCGUGACAGCACCUCUGUUCAACUGAGUCUCACCCACUUCAGACCAGUGGGAAGAGCACAGAGAAAAACACAGACGUCUCUCAUUGAAAAUAAACAAAACUGACCCAAGUUUAGCAGAAGAUGGUGUGUUCAUGCAGGACUCCGUUACUCACAGUAAAACACUGACUGACAAAACUUGUUGUCAGGGACUUUUAAAGCACAAAAACUGUUUUGCUUGUUCAUUCAUUUGUUCCAUGUUUUUUGCUGUUACAUCCUCCUCUAUGUUUAAAGCAUCCAGAACAAUGCUGAAGGAGGACAAGAAGUCAGAUCUGAUGGGAAGCAGAGGGGUUUGUGGGAAAUAUGAUGAAAGCCUCAAAGUGGCACCUUAAAUGAAAGAAAUGGUGUCGAGUGUCUUUACAGCCGCUGCGUACUGUUUUAACCGAAACUGAACUGGAUGAGUGCUGCUUCAUUAACUCUGACUUUUUAUGUUUAAAUCAACAUUAGCUGGUUUGUGGGUUUGUUCUCAGGGAGAGCAUCAGGCUUUGCUUCAUUGAAACUGUAUGAAAAUGGAUUUUUAUGGGAUUUUAAAUUCAUGAACAUGUGGGAUUAAUUGUAACAUUGAGCACACGCACACUUUUUACUGACGAUAUUAAAUUACAGACACUGACAACA